AUGUGUUCUGCUCCCGUCUCAGUAGCCCGGCUUCUCCUGUCGGACUUGCUUGUGCUGGUCCUUGACCUGGUGAUGCUAGGUCUGAUUGUUGAACGGGUGAAGACGACUGAAGCGACUGCUCCUGUAUCCACUAUACCGGGUGUAAUAGAGACGCCCAGCGAUCAGGAUCAUGAUUCCGAGGAGCGCGGCGUUCUUCGAAACGGCUCGGCCCAGCCUUCCGGCGAUGACAUAGAGCUUAAUGAGAUGCGUCCACGCGAUGAGCAUGCAGAUAUUAGUACGGACGAGCAAUUGGAGCGAACGGAGCUGCUGGCGGAUCCUUCAGAAAGCGGACGUGUAUCUGGCGCCAGGAAUAACCACGCCAUGGAUACCUUUGCGUCAGGAGAAGCAGUGAUCAUGGACCUUGGUAUCUUUAACAUCAUCCGGGAUCAAUGGCGUUAUAGUCCGGCUGUGGCAAGGCGAACUUCGGCUUAUAUGCCCUCCGACCAGACGGCUACCUUUCUUCGAGAACGCUUUGGACUGCAGGUCAACUCCGAGGGACGCCUCGAGAGGGUAGCGACAUGA